GGGUUUUGCAAAUCAUUUUCAGAUUUAUUCAGUAGGCUAUAAAUAAUAUGUCACGUGCACUCAGACCGAUUAGGGACUUGUCUUGUUUAUGUCGGCGUUUGGCAAAAUCUCAUGCUAUAAUAAAUUCAUGUUCAUACAAAACUUGGGAUGAAUCUGAGGAAAGCAUAUAUACAGAAGAUCAUGCUCAACUCAUGAGAUCACUACGUAAAAUAAUUGACAAAGAUAUUAAUCCAUUUGUUGAUGCUUGGGAAGAGAAAAAAGAAUUUCCCGCACACACCGUUUUCAAGAUUCUAGGAAAUGCUGGAUUCCUUGGUGUAAACAAACCUGUUGCAUAUGGGGGGCUGGGAUUGGACUAUAGUUAUUCAGUAGCUGUGAAUGAAGAGCUCGGAAGUAUACUCUGUGGUAGUAUACCCAUGGCAAUAGGUGUACAAGUCGAUAUGGCAACCCCUGCAUUGGCAAAAUUUGGAAGCCAUGAGUUAAAAGAGAAAUUUUUGGCUCCAUCUAUUCGUGGUGAUUACGUUGCUUGUCUUGGUGUGAGCGAAACAGGUUCUGGGUCAGAUGUAGCGAGCAUCAAAACUCGAGCUCAAACUGAUGGAGAUGAUCUUAUUAUCAAUGGAGAAAAGAUGUGGAUAACGAAUGCCGCGCAAGCAGACUGGAUGUGUAUGAUUGCCACUACAAAUGAUAAGGCUGUACACUCCAGUAAAUCUCUUAUUUGCGUUCCGAUGGAUCUUCCAGGAAUUACCAUAGCAAAUCGAAUUGAUAAAAUUGGAAUGCAUAGUUCUGAUACAUCUCGUGUCACUUUCGAUGAUGUCAGGGUACCACGUUCUAAUAUUAUUGGUGAAGAAGGAGCUGGUUUUAUGUACCAAAUGAUUCAGUUCCAGGAAGAGAGGCUCUUUUCUGGAGCAACUGCUUUAAAACUGCUUCAGCGAGCCAUUGAUUCGACUAUCGACUAUGCCAGAAAUAGACAAAUUUUUGGUGGUUCUGUAUUGGACCACCAAUCUGUCCAUUUCCGAAUGGCUGAACUACAAACCGAAGUUGAAAUGCUAAGGUCAAUGGUUUACCGAGUUGUUGGAUUAUAUAUAAAAGGUCACGAUGUCACACCUUUAGCUUCUAUGGUUAAAUUAAAAGCAGGUCGGCUUGGUCGUGAAAUUACUGAUGCAUGCUUGCAAUAUUGGGGUGGUAUGGGAUUUUCUUCUGAAAGUAUUAUUUCAAGAUUGUACAGGGAUUCAAGAUUAAUUUCAAUUGGGGGAGCGGAUGAAGUUAUGUUGUCAAUCUUGUGCAAGUACAUGGGAACUUUACCAAAACUGAAGCGGAAAAAUGACUGAUGUAAGUUCCCAGUCACCUCUAACGUUAUGCAAAUUCCAAGACUAAGGCUGUAUUUAUCAGCCUACAUAAUUUUUUAUUAAGUACGAUAUCACCGAGUUAAAGAAAUUUUAAUCAAAACCCUUAUUUUUGCCUAUCCUGUCUUGAUUCACACUACAUAUAUAGACAUUUGAUUCUUUUUUUUGAAAUUGAAUCUAAAAUCACAGGAUUUACUAGUAAUUGUUAUAAUGUAACAUGACUUAUCUACCUCCUAAAUCUAGCUAUGUUAUUUUACUAUAUUUUGUUUUUCCAAACAAUUUCUGUUCAAAAUGUUUCAAAUCGAAAAUAUGAUUCAGUUAUCAUCUGAAGUGUUACAAACUAAUACUAUAAAUUUCAAAUAAAAUUAAUUUAGUUUUUAAUUUUAGAAGGACUAUAGGUGUUACGAUGAGUGCUGAUCGAAACAAUGACUAUUAUUAUAUUGUAAUGCCAGUAGUUCCAUCACCACCACCCUUAGUUGCAUAAACUGAUUAUGCCCAAAUGAGGGUCCUACUCUUGCAUUAAAAGGGUGCAUCUUGUCAGGCAUGAGGCAAAAUUCUCAUGAUAUUUUGACACUUUUUUUUUGUGAAGUUAAAUAUGCUCAUUCGCUGUAAAA